AUGGCCGAUGGACUCCUGUAUGGACAAGAUUGGAAGAAGCAGCCAAAGCCUGCUACGAGUUGUUGUGUUGCCACUGCAAGUUGGCUUGUCACUCUAACGAUCAUUGUCACCACGAUGUUCGUCUUAGCACUUACGUUUCUUGUUUUGUCUGUCACUUUGGCCUCCGGGGCUACUCACCAUGGACACGGGCAUGGCUAUCACACGGCUAGUCCUGGAGAUUUGCAAGGGGAGCUGGACCACAUGACGUCACACUUCGGUGACCACCUUUGUAUCGAUCUCCUCAUGUUGGACUGUAGAAAUCACGCAGCUCAAAGUGACGAACAAAUAUGUGGCUCUGACGGUCGGACAUAUCCAAAUCAUUGCUACUUCGUACAUUCCACUUGUAUGUUCGAAAAUCUAACAAUCCAGUCGCAUGGGCAAUGUGUAGUCACAAGUGAAAAGCCAUCCACUGCCAUGCCCGGUACCGGAACUACCAUGAUGCCUAUUGCUGCCAGUACCAUGCCAUCGACAACUCCUAAGACAAACUCGCAGGUCAUUCAGUCUGUAUUCUGUCAGAGCAAGGACGCCAUCCAUUGCGACUUGAACAUUUCGUUUGUGUGUGGUUCGGACGGACAACUAUACCCAAACCAGUGUGAACUGUCUAAAGCCGCCUGUGACGACCCGUCUCUCAUCAAAGUAGACAUAUCUUUGUGUCCAUAA